AUGAUAAAGCUCAUUAUUUAUGUCAAAAAUGAGCUCACUGAUGACUAAAAUUACUGUACGAAAUGUUAAAACUAUUUAAAUAACAAAAAAUAUGAAUAAGAAUAAUUUUAAUUUUAAAAAAACUCUAACUAAAAACAAAUACUGUCCUGGUUUUCAAGAAAUGUUGUUUAUUAUUUUUGGUUUAAAUGGAGUAAUUCAAAGUCAAAAAGGGAGAAUUGA